GCACCUUGAAGAGAAGAAAAUUAUAUAAUUAGUAAUUAUGCAAGAAGUGCAGCUAUUAUUGUUGCUUCAGUUAGAAACCUGCCUUCGCGAGAGGCGAUGGGUGCGAGAAAGAGGCCGUCCUGCAGGGGCAGCGCGUUCCCCGCCCCGGCCCGCGGGGGCGGACAUGGCCCUCUGCGCGCUGCGGGACCCGCCGGACCAGCCUGGCCUCCCCGCGGCCGACCCGCGCCUCCGGGUUAAGAGCCUGCGGCCGCAGCCUCCUUCCGGAUUCCUCGCUCGCUCUCCCUGCUGGAUCCUCCCUGAGCAGGGAAAGCCUGAGGGAUUUGGGGGAAUCCUGCCGCCAAAGGUAUAUUUCCACCAACGGUUCAUGGACUUUUAUUACUGGAGAAGCCCGGGGAAGGGAGGGAAGGAAGAUGGGGCAAGGAAACAGAAAAGAGAAAAGAGAUUGCUCAAGGGCCUUUAACCGAUUUCAGGCUCCUCCGUGAGGAGCAAGGUUGGAGAGACGAGGAAGUAGAUCCCCCUCCCCCGAGCGUUUGUGCAGAGCUUUCUCGGUCCGCUCGGGGAGGAGGCAGGAAGGCCAACUGCUCAAACUGCAAAGGGGAGAUUUAAAACGACACAGUAAGAACUAUUUAACAAAGAUCAUCUUUAGAACGGGCCAGGAGAGAGGCUGGGAAACUCUUAGCCUGAAAGAAACCCCUCUGUGUGUGGACCCCCGCCUGGGAACAGAAUCCCCAAGCAGCAAGGAACCCUGAGAGGCUGAAGUACAGCCCGGCUCCUCCAGAUCUACAAGGAAGACACUUGAGCAGUACUCACUCAACUUUAAAAUCCCACCAUUAACAGUGAAGACGGUAACUGGGGUGGGGGUGGGGAGGCAAAAACACACAUCUUGUAACCAUUGCUUCAUGAACAAGACUGAGGCUUCACUUGUCUUCAUAGGAUCUGUUUCCUCCCGUUCCCUAAAAAUCAGCACAUUCUCCAUAUCCUUUUUAAAGGGGCAGGCAAACCAGGUAACCCGCUCCAAUAAGCAGCCGCCUAAAGCAGUCACAGCAGAAAGCCUGCUUCCCGCCCCUCACCUAGAACACUCCUUUGUUGAUUUUGCACUUUGGGGUUACUCGCUGCCGCUUGCCUUCAGCUUGUGGACAGGUGCAGCUUUGAGAUCUACCCCUGGAAUGUCUGUGCUUGCAGGCCUUUUACCAUUCUGAGUUUGUGGUGUUAAAUUUUGUACUUGUUUAACGUACUACCAUGCAUUUAGUCCUUUUUCUAUUUUAUAGGAUCCUUUGCUCAGCAGAAUUGCCACCUGGUCAGGCCUACAGCCUGUUCAGCCAGGAUUCUUUCUCCAAUCAGAGAACACAUUUUUAGGAGAGUUUGGUUGACCUCCCUGAUGCUAACAUCAAAAGUUAGGGACCCCUCAGAAAAGCACACAUUCCCUUAAAUUUGCAUUAUAACUUUGUUACUUAAAUUUUAAUAUUUUUAAACUUUGGUGCUUCUUGGGAGUAAUAGUUUGCAAAAGGUUAUUUCAACUAUGCACUUGUUCCCUUUAUUGGUCCUAAGUUUAACUCUUUUAAGAUGCAAACUCCUCUAGCUUUGAUUCUUGAAUUCCAGUAUUUGGGAGGGGGAAUCCCUGUUGACUUUAUCUAUUACCUCAAAUCUUUUUGAUUUGAGAGGUUUUGAUUGUAUUCUGCCUCCACCUUUAACCUUUAGACAAAGUUUAUUUUGCUUUUUUGGUUCUUACCUUCUAUACUAUCACAAUACCAUCUGAUUUUGAAAACCAUAUCCCUAACUCUGACCAAGUCAUCAAGAAAAUACUAACUUAGAACUUAUGUGCAAGAGUCAGACACAAACUGAACCAUCAGGAAUAUCGCUGUCAACUAUCUCCAAAAUAAAGGAAAUAUUUUGAAACAAAAUCUACCUAAAAACCUCUCUGUUGGGAUCUGGAAUGCAGGAUUAGGUUUUUGGUUUUGUUUUGCUUUUUAUGAUUCCCUUUCCUAAUGAGGUUUUUGCCUGGGCUAAUAUUAAAAGCAAGGCUUGAAUUCUGAGGUCAAGCAUCCCUACAUGGGGGUGUCAGCUGCUGUGAUUGGAGAAGGCCAGUUUUCCGGAUCUGCUGUGGUUUUACACAGGUGGCCAGUUGAGAGUAUUCCCUCCCAAUCUUCAGCAUCCAGGUGAGGCCAACUGAUCCAAGGACUAUUUCUGUUUUGUUCUCAGAUUCAUUUAUUAAUCAAGAGAUCUAAGAUACUGGGGAAGGGCCUUUGUUUAGGGUCUUCAAAGGAGCCUAAGUCCUGGCCAAGAAAAGGAGAUGGUAAUUGGCCAAUAUUAAUAAAAGCUAUUUUUUUGUUCAUGAGAUACUAAGAAUUACUCCAAGGUUUAGAGGUGGGCAUGGUAGCCAUCUACAUCAAAACAUCAGGGAUCUCUCUGGAAUCUUCUAGUUUCUUUUAAUAGUUAUGGAUGCCCAUUAACUUAACCCCUUUUUGUAUGAAACUUGUUUAUAUUUUUAGCCUGUUCCACCUAAACUUACUUGGGCUUAUGUGAAGUUUUGUUUCUUUUACACUUAUCUCCUCUUAUUUCACAUAGUCACCUAUUCUGUAUUUGGUGACCACAUCUGCGUUCACUCCUUCUUCCAUUAUUUACAUGAUUUUAUACUUGUCAUGUUCUUCCUCAGUCUUCGUCUUUCUUGAUCAGCAGUUUUCAACUGGGAGAGGAAGGAUACAGAAGGGAGAAGAGGAAAUACAUCAGACACUUUGGGGAGCUUUUCCAAAUACAGUAUGUACUCUUCCCACUUCUCUGAGCAUAUCAAAUAUGGGAAGAUGAAUAUUUUGAGAAUUUUUGCAUCUACUCCUGAUGGUCAAAUCCCUCCACCCUGUUGUAAACCACUGUUCUGAUCUGAAGAGCCCUAAUCUUUUUGUUCUAUCUUUAUUAAGCACUUCCUUCAUUUUGGUGAUAGCUCAUGUUUGUCAUUCUGAUGGAAUCAGUUUCCAUUCAUUGUGGGACUGACAGUGGUUGAGGGUUGCCACCAAACUUUUUGUUCGUAAGAAUUAAACUGUUACAUAACUGUGAAGCUUGGAGAUCUAUUAGACCUUCCCUGAUGCAGAUCCCCCUUAUCCAAUAGCUUCUUCUUCACUUGCUUUGCUCCCAGCAGUUUUCCCCAGGCAGAUUCCUCAAGGCACUGAAGGCAACCAGUGAUGGAGAGGGCCAACAACAGUUCCUUAGGGGGUUUCAUUCUGAUGGGUAUAUCUGACCAUCCCCAGCUGGAGAGGAUUUUUUUUGUAGCCAUCCUCAUCUCUUACUUGCUGACCCUACUUGGAAACUCGACCAUCAUCCUGCUUUCCCGCCUAGAUGCCCGGCUCCACACACCCAUGUACUUCUUCCUCAGCCACCUCUCCACGUUGGACCUUGCCUUCACUACUAGCUCUGUACCCCAAAUGCUGAUCAAUUUAUGGGGCCCAGACAAAACCAUCAGCCAUGGUGGCUGUGUGACCCAACUCUAUGUCUUCCUUUGGCCAGGGGCUUCUGAGUGCAUCCUGCUGGUGGUGAUGGCAUUCGACCGCUAUGUGGCAGUCUGCCGGCCCCUGCACUACACCACCACCAUGAACCCUCGGCUCUGCUGGCUGCUGGCUGCCAUUGCCUGGUUGGGUGGCUUGGGCAACUCCGUGAUCCAGUCAACGUUCACUCUGCAGCUCCCGUUGUGUGGGCAUCGGAGGGUGGACAGCUUCCUGUGUGAGGUGCCCGCCAUGAUCAAACUAGCCUGUGGAGACACAAGUCUCAAUGAGGCUGUGCUCAACGGAGUCUGCACCUUCUUCACUGCUGUUCCCCUGAGCAUCAUCCUCAUCUCCUACUGCUUCAUUGCUCAGGCGGUGCUGAAGAUCUGCUCAGCUGAGGGGCGUCAGAAGGCCUUUAAUACUUGUCUCUCCCAUCUGGUGGUGGUGUUCCUCUUCUAUGGCUCAGCCAUCUAUGGAUAUCUGCUCCCAGCUAAGUCCAGCAAUCAGAACCAGGGCAAAUUCAUUUCCCUCUUCUACUCGGUAGUCACGCCCAUGAUGAAUCCUCUCAUCUACACUCUUAGGAACAAGGAGGUGAAGGGGGCGCUAAGAAGGCUGCUGAGGAAAGGAAGGGAAGUUGGCUGAGAGAAGCAAAACUUCUCCAUCGUUUAUUGCCUCUUCUUCUCUACACAGUUUUUGUCAUCAUCUCUCUGGUCAGGUGAACACGAGGAGAACUGACCUGGCAAAACCGAGGCAUGUCUACACUUAUUUACCAAAACAACCUACUGUGUACUACAGAAACAGGGCUAGCAUGUGCCGUUCAAGGCCCAGUGGUUAUCAACCUAGUUCAGACCUAUCUCAUUGUCUGUCUCCAAUGUCCACAUGUUGUUUAUUAUACCUUAUAUUUCUAGAGAAUUCUGUACUUUUCUAAAGCACCGCCACCUGCAGUAUCUUAUAUACCAUUAUUAUAAUGUCACAAAAUCAAGCCAGGUAUUAUUAACCCCAUAUGAAGGCCCACACGGUUCAUCUUACCUACCCAUCGUCUUUGUCCUUCUUUUUUUGUCUCUUCUUCUCUUUAGUUUGCUGUAUGUUAACACAUCCAUACAUCCUCUGUCAUCUUGCUUACUUUCUCCCUUAUGCUCAUGUCCCAUUCUUCCUUCUGCCUCAUUUAAUAUUUAAUGAGAAAAGGUAGGAAAGACCAUCUGCUUUUCAAUUCUACCCAAAGAUAAGUCCUUGCUAUAGUUUUAUUUAAAUCAUCCCAUCUAAAAGUCCUAGCUCUUGGGUUUGAUUCCAGCAUUGGAAUAUACUAGUCUGUUCGGUGAUUAUGGAAUGCUCUGAGUUCCUUUCAGCAAAUUUAAGAGCCUAAGAAGAAUCAUUCAUCCAUAAAACAAGAUUCUCUGUGCUGAUCUUGCCUCUCGAACUUACAGUUCUUAGAACUCAGCAAUCAGUCCAGCACGCACUGACUCAGUCGAGGAACUCAGGUAUUAGAAUCAGGAUGCCAGUUUGUGAUUCUGUGCAUUAUUGGAAUUGCCAGAGGAAUCCUUAUCCACCAUGGUUCAUUGCUAUUUUCCCAGGCGGAGGAGCCAGGUUAAUAUGACAAAGUUACUUGGCAACUACAUUACCAGAGAAAAGUAGAUUAAUAGGUUUUAGGACUAGUUUAGUUUCAGCUUCGUGUCCCCCACUGCAUCUGUAAACACAUGCCUUGUCCAUAGUAGAUGCUCAAUAAAUGCUUAGUGAAUGGAGUUAACAAGCCUCAUGAAUUCUGCUUUUUCACACUAGCAACUAAAUUUGUCAAAUGAAUCAUUUUCAUGUUUGCAGUUUGGGGUUAUCCUGUCCCUUGGGCAACACUAAAAAAACAAAGUCAAAUUUCCCCCUUUCCCACACUUCCAUAAUGCUCUCUAAAGACAUUUAACUAUAUUGUCCUGUCCUGAGGUUAUCUUCCCAGUUGCAGACCAAUACCAUGUUCUAUUUUCUCUGUUUCUUACAAAGAAAUACUGAGAUAUGUCUCCAGGACUGGACAACUGGUGGCAUUAUCUUGGUGAAUUCGCAAAAGUCCAGAGUCUUGCAGUCUCAAAAAGUUCAUUGAUAAAUGCUCUCAGAUGAGAUCAGUUCUUAGGGGGUAGACUCACAAUAACCAAGUUCCUAAAGGCUGAGGUAUAAACCCGAAUUCCAGUUAUUUGGUUUAUGAGAACUGUAACUGUAAGGAGACUGGUCACAUGCUCCAGCUGGUUCAUUUACAGUGAGAAAUGACAUUAAAUUCCCAUUGGUUAAGCCAUCCCUUUGCACAGUAUUUGCCUGAGCAGCCUAGGAAACUAAAGCAUAAGGCAAUCAUCUCCUCUGAGUAGUCAACUUUGACCUUCCCUUCUCCCAAAUGUGUUAGAGGCUCAUUCUCUGUGCUGCUCCCCCAGUAACCCUGAACAGUGGGGAGAUCCUGGACUUGGAGGUGAUGGAGGCAGACCUGCUACCCACCAGCUGUAAGACUCUGGGUGAUAACUGAGAGUCCUGCACCUUGAAGGGCUGUUGUAUGAAUCAAACAAGAUUAGAUAUAUACAGUGUAUGGAACCUGGUGAAUAAUACUGAAGAAAUUAUUUCCUGAUAGUAAUACUACAUAACACACUGAUUUUGAUCAGUUUAUUAGUUUGUCUCUCAUCACCCACACCCCAAAUAGUGAGAGGCUCAGAGGCAGAGGCUGUGUCUUUCACGGCACCUGAUUUGUUGAAGGGUGUACUCGGCACAGAAUGACUGAUAAAUAAAUGUUUGUUGAGUAUUAUUAUUGUGGUAAAAUAUAUAUAACAUAAAAUUUGCCAUUUUAAACAUUUUAAGUGUGCAAUUCAGUGGCAUUAAUUACAUUCACAGUGACCACAAUCAUUACUAUUUCCAAAAUUUUUAUCACCCCAAACAGAAACUCUGUACCCAUCAAGCAAUAAUUCCCUAUUCCCCGUUUACCUCAACCCCUGGUAACUCUAUUCUACUUUCUGGUUCUAUGCGUUUGACUAUUCUAGAUAAUUCAAUUAAGUGGAAUCAUAUAAUUGUCCUUUUGUGUCUAGUUUAUUUCACCCAACAUGGAUUUCAAGGUUCAUCUGUGUGGUAG